AUGAAUGAAAGCAGUGAAAAGCUCAACAGUUCUCUCAUUCUUCCUUUCAGUAAGGACUAUGAGUUCUGUUCAAAUGGUGUGUAUUUCUAUUGUGGAAAGAUGGGUUCAGGUAAGACAUUUAACCUCAUUCGUCAUAUACUCAUAACAGAGCGUUUAGGAAACGACUCUUACUAUGACCAAAUCAUUAUAUCAGCAACUUCAGACUCUAUGGAUUCAACAGCGAAAACAUUUAUGUCAAAAGUUCAAGCCUCUGUCGUUAAAGUUCCAGAUAGCGAACUCAUUGAAUUUCUUCAACGUUACAUUCGACGUAAGAGAAAAUAUUAUGCUAUUGUAGAGUUCAUACAGUCAGGAAUGCAAAAGACUUCAGAAGAGAUGGAAAGAAUUAUUGACAAACACCACUUACGUCAAUACUCAGGAGUUUACGAUAUGAAACGACUGACAAACUACAUUCUAUCAAAACUUUCAAAAUACCCCUUCAAAAAGUAUCCUUCAAACACUCUGCUCGUUUGUGACGACUUCGCCGGAAAAGGUUUAGUGUCAAAAGCAGACUCACCAUUAGCUAACAUCAUAACUAAAGUCAGACAUUACCACUUAACU